CAACCGGGUGUGAUGAAAGAAAUUUGAUUAAUUAUAUUCUUUAUUAAUUAGUGGGUUAACUUGUGAUGGCAGCUUUUAAGUUUCUGUCUUAUCUUUUAAUAGCUUUCUUUAUGAUAAAUACAGGAGCUAACGGUAAAAGAUAUAAUUUCCUGGAGAGAAAAUCAAUUGAGGCAUUUUGCCCUUCAAAUGACACCGUUGACAUUUAUCUUUCUGGAUAUGGUGAAAGAUCAGCGAUGAAACUAAAUGCUAUGCAUGACUUCAAGCCCAUUGAUAGUGUGAAUUGCACAAUUAUUAUUCAUACUCGUAAUAGUGGUGUCAUUCUUCGUGUGGAUUCCGCAUUCAAUGUUGGUCAUUUGUAUGGGAAGUGUACUGAAUACAUUGAGGUUAUAGAUGAGGAGGGAAACAAUUCCACAAAUCUCUGUGGGUUCAAAGAGUCAUCUCAUGUUUCUGUAGGAAAUGUCAAAUUCAGAUACCAAAUAAGGUAUGCCAUUUUGCCUAGGAGUGGAUUUACAGUCCUUGCAACUGCUUAUAAGAAAGAUGAAGAAACAUGUGAUGAAUUCAGGUGUCGCACGGGAGAGUGCAUUUGGCGAGGUUUUGUUUGUGAUGGCAUUGCAAACUGUCCAGAUGGUAGUGAUGAGCAUGUGACUGAUGAUCCUUUAUGUUUUGAUGUUCCAGAGUUCACUUUGAAACCUAUUGAUUUCAACUGGCAUAUUGUUUUACCUACCGCUAAAAGUUAUCAUGAUUACAAGAAGUCAUUCAAUGUAACAAUUACUGCAGCUGUUGGAUCUGCAAUUUUUAUCCUUUUCUUCGGAGUUCUGAGAUUUGUCUGGCAUUACCAUACGUCCCGACAGCAACGUCGUAUUGUACGUCGUUCAACCAUUAGAAGAAUAUCAGUUAUUCGUACAAGAUCAGCUCAUCAAUAUCAAUUUGGGGCUCCUCCACCACCAUAUACAACACUCGUCAAUGAAGGGCCAAGUAGUAAUUUAUCCAACAAUCCUCCGUCCUAUGCUAGCAUUUCAACAUCUGGAUCUGAUACUAAUAUUUGUAUGAAUCCUGCUGAUGAAGAAUCAAAACCAAAUUCAUCAGCUGAGCCACCUCCUCCAUAUGAGCCGUAAAACUCCAGGGAAUGGGUGAAGAUUUGUUUAUUUUCCAGUUUUUAUUGUUUUGCAUAUUCCCCCAUGAAGUUUUGUAUGUUUGCAUUGACGAAUGCAAUUGCUAUACAAAAUAAUUAUUUGUUAAGUACAUUGUUGCUGUCAUCAAAAUAUUAAGCCUGUGAAAUUUUUAAACAAAGAUGACAUUGGAUAUUUUAUUAGUAUUAUUUAUGUAUGUUGUACAGUUUUAUCAAUGUGUGGAAGUUGUCUUUUUUGUUUGUAUUUGUUAUAUUUAUGUUUUUCAUUUUUGAGUCUCAUUACUUUUGCAUACUUUUAUCCAGUUAAAUUGUGUACCAGUUUAAUUGUUAUACAUCAUUAUACUAAUAAAACAUGACAUAUAUUUGUCAUUACUGGCUGUUUUGAAAGGAAAAUAGCAUGUGGUUUAUUUUAAUAAUUUCCUGUUUCAUUACUUAGUUAUAUUUUGCAAAUACUGAUACACCCACAUUUUUGAUGCUAGUUUUUAAAAUUUUCAUUGUUUUGUGUAAAGCUAAGAAUUCAAGAAAAAAUACAUCCAUGUUUAAUUACUUUUUAAUAGUUUCUGCACAUUAGUGUGAUGAUUAAAAUAUACAAUACUUACUUUUAAACACUUACAUUAAUCUUUAAUUUAAAUCUGUAUUACUGAAAGUAACUUCAUUAUUUGUUUUUUUAAAGGUAGUAUUGAUAUUUACACAUUCUGUGAAAACAUUAGAUUUGUUAAUGUUUGGUUGAGAUAAAUACAAAUUCUGUUUUUUUUUGUUAAUUGUGUUGUUUCAAGAAAUAUUUUGUUUUUUAAAACUCCUUUCAGAAAUAUUGUAGAAUUCAACUAAAGGUACUUGAAAGUGCUCCCUGGUUGUGAUUGAAGCUCCUAAAUCUGUUUUCACAUUUAUCACUAACUAUAAGUUAUGAAAAGGAAAUAUUAUGCUAUAAGAAAAGAGAAAAGGUGUAAUGAGUUCCAUCUUUGUGGUGUUUAAUAUAUCAAUUGUGCUUAAAAUUGGGUUCACAACAAUUUAAAAAUUGGAAAAUGAAAACAAAAAUAAUUGUUCCUCAUUGAUUUUGCCACAUCAUUUGGGGAAGGAGGGAUCCUCUGAUUGUUGCAUUACUUUUGCUUUAAAGAAAAUAAAUAAAAUGUGAUGUUUGUUCUACCCCCUUUUUUGUACAUAUUGUUGCAUGUAUAUAUUGUUUGACCUUUGCAUUAUUUAUGCUUGCAGAGAUUUAUAAUUUCACCUCCGUUAAAGAUUUUAAUCCUGUCAUUUUUAUCAUCAAUUAACUAUUUGUUUUUUGUUUUUAUUUUGUUGAAUUUUUUCUAUUUAAAGUUUCAUGACAAGAAGGGCACAAUGCAUUACAACAAGAUUACAUAGAGCAAGUCAAUUUUUGCUUUUUAAUGUCUUUCAUAGUAAGUAUUCGAAAAGGUAUGAAUAAAAGCUUGUGUGAUACAAUUUGAUUUAUGCUUCUAAAUUUUAAUUUUUCUGUAAACCUACUGAAUGCAGUCGUCCCUUGUUAUAAGUUCUUGAACUUCUGCUCCUUGAUGUUAUCUUUAAGAUGCUCUUUAAAGAUCUUCUAUACUUAAUGGAUUGCUUCAAUGUGAUGUUUUACAGUGAAAUUCCAUUACAAAACUUCAAAGGACUGCAAAUUUUCUUCGUUGUAACAAGAAUUUCGCUGUUAUAGAAUUCAAGCAAUGUAGUAUAAAUAAAAUUGGAAGUGACGGAUUUAUUCUGUUGUAUCCAGGUCUGCGGAGUUGAAGGAAAAAUGACUUCCAGCUCCGAUUCUGAGAAUUUUUGAGCCUUCAACUUCGAAUCCUUUACCCCAAAAUCAGUCCGACUACAAGUGCUGGCAGAUUUGAGGACUUUAAGGGAAAAUCACUGACUCUGGCUCUUGAAAUUUUAAACUUUCAACUCCCAACUCCGACUGUGCAGCCUUGGUUAUAAUGGGAUUGCACUGUAUAUGUAUACUUUUUUUUUUUUGCAGUUGUAGAGUUUUAUUCAAAGAUAUAUUAAAAGUUAUGCAUUUCUAAGGUUUAUUUUCUGUUAUCAAAAUCGACAGUUUAUUCUAAUAACCCUUAGUAAAAGAAAAAAAAAAGCAGGAAAAAGAGAAAAGAGAUAGUAAGUUUUGGAAGUUUGUAAAUCCUUUGGUUUAAAAUAUCUAUUUUUCAAAAUUAAAUUGAGUUUUUUUAUAUAGAGAUUUAAUUUUUUAAAUUGUUUUAUUUCUGGCUAAAGUUGGUAGUGGUAGAUGAGGAGAGCUUAUGUAUAUGUAUGUAUUACUGCAUUUAUGCAGUAAUAACAAAGAAAUUGUGAUCCUAUAAAACAAACUUUGGUAUACAUUUAUAAACUUGAUUAUAUUUCCUAUGUAUGUGUACAAUACAUAUAUACACUAUAUAUAUGUAUUCAUAUAUAUAUAUAUAUAUAUAUAGUUUGAAAACAUAUUUGAAUAUUAUUUAGCUGUUAUAUUUGUAUGAAGUUUUUGAAAAUAAAUAUAUCUGGAG